UCUUACUUUCCUAACUUUCUUCUUCGUGUUCUUCCCUCUAACCCAAUCGUCUCUUUAAAAUCCGUAAAGUUCUCUGUGAAAAACAUCACCGCCAAUCACAAUCUCCGAAACGUUUCACAAUGGAGAAGAGUUCAUCAGCAUCUUCCUUAGGUCCAGGCGGCCUUGACAUUUCGCAGGCUUUCUUCAAGCCUGUAAGCGACGCCUCUCCGCCGUCCACCUCUAAGCGCAACACCAAAAUCUCCGUCAUCGGCGCUGGAAAUGUCGGCAUGGCCAUUGCUCAGACCAUCCUCACUCAAGAUCUUGCCGAUGAACUCGUCCUUGUCGACGCCAAGCCUGACAAACUCCGAGGCGAAAUGCUCGAUCUCCAACACGCCGCUGCUUUUCUCCCACGCACUAAAAUCAGCGCCUCUACCGAUUACUCUGUUACUGCCGAGUCCGAUCUUUGCAUCGUCACUGCGGGCGCUCGCCAGAUCGCUGGCGAGUCUAGGUUGAAUCUGCUGCAGAGGAAUGUCGCUCUGUUUCAGAAGAUCGUGCCGCCGCUUGUUCAGUACUCUCCCGGGACGAUUCUGCUGAUCGUUUCGAAUCCGGUGGAUGUUUUGACUUAUGUUGCUUGGAAGCUCUCUGGUUUUCCGUCGAAUCGAGUGAUUGGAUCGGGAACGAAUCUGGACUCGUCUAGGUUUCGGUUUCUCAUCGCUGAUCAUCUCGACGUCAACGCUCAGGAUGUUCAGGCAUACAUAGUGGGAGAGCACGGCGACAGCUCGGUGGCGCUAUGGUCAAGCAUAAGCGUGGGCGGAGUGCCAAUACUGAGCUUUCUACAGAAUCAACAAAUCACCUACGAGAAGGAAACAUUAGAGAGCAUUCACAAAGAGGUCAUAGGCGGGGCUUAUGAAGUGAUAAACUUGAAGGGCUACACAUCAUGGGCGAUCGGCUACUCGGUGGCAAGCCUCGCCCGGUCGCUCCUCCGUGACCAGCGGAGGAUCCACCCUGUCUCUGUCCUUGCUAAAGGGUUCUACGGCAUCAAUGGAGGUGAGCUGUUCCUCAGCCUGCCCGCGCAGCUCGGUAGGGGCGGAGUAUUGGGGAUCACCAAUGUGCAUCUAACCGACGAGGAGUCGGGACGGCUGAGGGACUCAGCCAACACCAUCUUGCAGGUGCAGACCCAGUUGGGUAUCUGAAAAUCCUUACACUUUCUAUCCAUAAAUGAUAUAUUAUAGUUGUUUUUGAGGAGUAGGAUUCAUCAUGUUUCCUUCUAUUACCUCCAUAGGAUAUAUAUUACAAAUUAUAUAUAAACUAUAUUUAAACGAGAGCACACGAACGUGACUCUCCAUUAGUCAAUAUAUACCUUUUAUUUUGA